CGUGGACUGGUGCUAGUGUCCCAUUUCUUCUCAGAUUCGUUCGACCUCACGCGUCCUCCAUCCCUUCCCUACCUUACCCUCAACGUCUCGCCGCCGACGCCGCCCAGCUCCUCCCGCCGAGGAAUUUCCGCGGCGCCGAUCUGACCGGCCCGGCCCCCUCCGUCGCGGGCGCCUCCCCAUCUCGUGCCUCCCCCGCCGCUCCUCCCCGCCACACGCGAGGAGGGCGGCGCCGCUGCCCCUGCCCCGCCGCUUGCCCCCAUCUUCUCCGCGCGGAUCCGCCUCCGAGGACUGAGGCUUAUAUCUUCAUGGAAACCUUGACAAGUGUUUUGAGUUGUGAUCAUGCCCCCAAUGUGAAGUCAUACCUUCAUCCACUUGAUUAAGAAGGUUUCGACAAUCAUAAGCCGUCCUACUUUUAUAUGGAUUUUUCGUAAACAUCAAUAAAGGAUGAGAUUGAGGAGCAUAAAUGGACUGCGGUGCAAGCAGCUUAAACUCGUCCUUCUUGCUUUCUUCGUGAUGUUUAUUCUCUGGAAAUGGGAGGAAGGAACAUACUACAAUACUGAAGAUAUUCAUCCAGAUUCAUUGGUUGUGUCCCAUCCAGCUAACUCAAAGUUUGUAGAUCAGCAUACAUCCUCAGAUGAAGACUUCCCAAGUGUAGAUUCGUUGCCACAGCCAGUAGUUAAAGUACAAAAACAAGUUACCGGCGCACCACCACCACUGCCCGUUGUCGGUGUUCCUGCUAAUGUGGGAGGUGAACAGGGGGCAUCACCUUCUGAGCCGAAAGAAUGUAAUCAUAGAAAUGGAAGAUGGGUUCCUGACAAGCGCAGACCACUCUACUCUGGUUUUGGCUGUAAACAGUGGCUCUCUGAGAGCUGGUCCUGCAGAUUGACUCAGCGCACUGAUUUUGAUUACGAACAAUUUAGAUGGCAACCUGAAGCUUGUGAUAUGCUAGAGUUUGAGGCCUCUCAGUUCUUGAUGAGAGUGCAGGACAAAACUAUUGCUUAUGUGGGCGAUUCUUUAGGGAGGCAGAUGUUUCAGUCCAUGAUGUGUAUGGCUACUGCUGGAGAAGAGCGGACAGACGUGGAAGAUGUCGGUGCGGAGUAUGGACUUGCCUUGGCACCAGGCGCUAAAAGACCAGAUGGCUGGGCUUACCGGUUCCCGAGCACCAACACGACCAUUCUAUACCAUUGGUCGUCGACGCUAUGUGAUCUGGAGCCUCUGAAUCCAUCAGAUCCAGCCACCAGCUACGCCAUGCACCUCGACCGCCCACCUGCUUUUGUGCGGGACAACCUCCACAGGAUCCACGUUCUGGUCCUCAACACCGGCCACCACUGGAACCGGGGCAAGCUGAGGGCAAACAAGUGGGAGAUGUACGUCGGCGGAUCCCCGAACCACAACAAGAACAUCGCCGCCAUUUGGAAGGCCAAGAACUUCACCAUCCACAGCGUCGUCAAGUGGCUGGACGCGCAGCUCCCCCGCCACCCCCACCUGAAGGCCUUCUACCGAUCCAUAUCGCCCCGGCAUUUCUUCAACGGGGACUGGGACACCGGCGGCCGCUGCGACAGCACGAGCCCUCUGGCCAAGGGCAGCGGCAUCUCCCAGAACCGCUCCGAGGAUGCCGACGCCGAGGGUGCUGUGACGGGAACGAGGGUGAAGCUGCUGGAUGUCACCGCUCUGUCGCGCCUGAGGGACGAAGGGCACAUAUCGCGGUACAGCAUCAAGGCUACACAGGGGAUCCAGGACUGCCUGCACUGGUGCCUCCCUGGCGUGCCGGACACGUGGAACGAGAUCCUCGCAGCCCAGUUGUUAUAGUCUGUAUGUAGUUGGAUGGAAAAUGAGCUAAUUGUUGCUGAUCAACUUAGUCCAAGUUAUGAUAUGUAUACUGUGAUUAUUGCUGGUAUUUACUGCAGAGCUUCUGUGGUGGGGAUGAAGCAUGGGGACAGCUGCAGGAAGCAAGCAGCAAGGGAUUCUUUCUGUAAUGUAACUUGUACCUAGGAAUUGUUGCAACUUGCAACAGGGGAUUUAGCUUGUCAAAAUCAUCUUUUGUCCUAGUA